AUGCCACUACAAUGUGAGGAAGUUAAUGGGGGGUUUAGAGGACGAUCAAAUUUAAUAUGUGACCAAGUAGAAAUUAUUCCACAAGCUCGUUUCGAUGCCUUUUUCCAACAGCUUUCUGAAACUCCAGAUCCUAUUUUGACUGCUCAAGACUGGGGUGAAUUGAUUAGUGCUAUUGGUUGUGUCCCUUAUGUUGGAAGUAUUCUUGCAACUGGUUUCAGUAACAACCAAUGUACAAAGUUUGGCACAAAUUUUGCAUCAGAGAAUACUUCAAUUCCAUAG